AUGGGCCAUGCCCAGUCAAGUCAGGGGCAUCGAGAAGACGAAGCUAUCGAAACGUCAGCCUCAACUAAUCUACAGACUGCCCAGAAUAGUCAUACAGUAUCAACGGAAGCCGUGUCAUCAUGUAUGAGUCAGGCGAGCUCAUGCAAAAAUAACUUUCACACGGCGUCGGUGGAGAUGACUCAUGCAACAAACUAUGGUAGGUGUAAGCAUUACAGACACCGCCCUUUUGUUGUUGCCUGUUUCUGAGUAUUAAAGAAGCUAGCAUUUCAACUUCUUAUCAGUUUUCGUACUCUCCCGAGAAAAGGAUUUCAUUUUAUCUUUGUUUUGACCUGACAUGCCUUUGCUUGAUCCACCCAACCUCUGAAGCACAUGUUGGAUGCCGUUUUGUACUACAAGUCUGUCGAAAAAAUAGUCGUCGCGCCUUGGAAUGGCCCAUCAUUGCUUUGCGACGGCUAGUCCAGCUGCUGGCCGCAGCUGGAAGUUUGGCGCGCGAUUGCGCUCUUUUUUCGACGGGGCGAAACAGUUUGCUUCGACGGCCCGCCACUAUUUUCCCGACAGUCUGAUACUCGAGAAUAAAAGUCCUGAUAAUUUGUCGUUCACAAAGAAACUGUCGUAUCAAACCAUCGCUCCGAAAAAUGGACAUUGCGCACGACACUGGUGCAGAACCCCGAAGCGCACUCUGCGAAAUAGGUUUUUUGAGGAAAGUGCACUGUGCAAAGCACUUUUAGUCAUCAAAACUUUUGCGUGAUCUUUUGUCGAAAUACUGUAUCAUGUAGAAGUUUCUGACAUCUUUUUUUUUGACUGCUUACUUUUGUUUGCUUUCAGAAAAUCAACCGCAAGUACAAGGGGUUCAAGAUUACGAGGGUGGAUCUGCAGUUGAAAUAAGCUUCAAAAAGGGCGACGUUAUGGUUCUAAUCGACAACAGGUGAGAAAGAAAUUUCAUCUAUAUCUGGCGUUGUGGCGCAAGAACUUGCCAACAAAGGCAUUUUCCGUCCACUACUGAGUAUAAGGUAUAUCAUGUUUGAAAAGGCAAGCAUCUUAAGUGCGACGCUCAGAUUUUCUUUAGGCUUUGGGCACACGUCCGGAAUAGGCUGCAUUUCAAUUGCUAAAAAUUUUUAGCUCUCGCUUUUCAGAGAGAGCCGACAUUUUCAGCGAUCAGAGAAAGUUUUCUUGUAUGUCCUAUAGUUUCCAGUGACCCUGAUCCUGUGGCAAAAAACGUACCAUUUUGCAUCCGGCAAGUGCUUCAAAAAAUGCAGCACAAUGUUGCCCUUUCCAAGCGAAAAAAAAUUUUGUUUUGAAGGGCGCGUCCUCCAUUUCACAAAAAAAGCGGACGCGCUUUCGAAAUCGGAUUUUUAUCACUUGGAGAGGGAGGUAUUUUGCCACAUUUUUGAUACAAAAAAAUUUAGCACUUCCUGCAUGCAAAAUGGUACGUUUUUGCCACUGGAUCAGGUCCUCCCGCCCCAUGUAUUAGGUUGGACGGAAAGUUCGUACGAUUUUUUACUGCUGCUAUUUUUUCUAAUACCUAAUACAACCUAAUACAUCACAAAAAUUUUUACUCAAAAAAUCUCUUUUCUUCCAGCAACCACGACUGGUGGUAUGUCCAGCAUCCCCAGAACGGCUCCGGCUAUGUUCCACGCAACUUCGUCGCCGUCAUUGAGUCGCUGGAACGCGAGCCUUGGUAUGCCGGUCGGAUUCAGAGAGGCUUGGCUGAGAAGCUGGUCACCUCCGCGAAUAUGUCGCCGGGCGCUUUUUUGGUGCGACGCCGUGAUCCUGGCGCUGAAUUUGUGUUGACGAUUAAUAAUGGUGGAGAAAAUGAGGUGCAGCAUUAUAAAAUCCGCCAGCUUGAUGGGAACGUUGGGUAUUUCAUAACGAAAAAGAUGAUUUUUUCCACAAUCCGCGAGCUCGUGCAGUUUUACAGCGGUAAGGUGGAUUUUUAAUUUUGAUUUUUCGGAGGGUAUCUUUAUGUCUAAUUGUCGAAAAAAUAGCUAAUUUGGGCAAUAAUUCAAUUUUUAGGGCAGUCCUCAUAUGUUUUUGUCGGUUUUAAACGUUUCCCUUGAAAUUCAGGGUUUUCGUGGUGGUACCCAAAAAAAUGUAAAGGGCGAUUUCCCAAGCGUCAUGAAAUUUGGGACAAGUCUAGAAUAAGAUGUUCUAAGACACAUAGGAGAUUUUUAGCCAGCAAGUUGCAGAAAACCGAGGCUGUUUGCCCAAAAAUGGACAUUAUUCUUUUUACAUGCUCACUCGGUUGGAAGACAUCCUUAAAUUGUUCAAUUUUAAAUACGAAUUCAAUUUUUAUGGGAGUUUCUCUGUGUUUUUGUCGAUUUUAAACGCCUGCUUUGAAAUUCAGGGUUUUCGUGGUAGGACCCGACCCACAAAUGUAAAGGGUGAUUCCCUCAUCUUGUUGAAAUUUUUUGACAAACCUAUUUGAAUAGGAUAUUUUCUAAGUAAUAUCUAAGAUUUUUAGCCAGCAAGUUGCAUAAAAACAGGGAUUUUUUCGCCAGUGUACCAAAUUUAGCCAAACUUAGACGUCUGGCCAACCCUCCCCCGUUUUGCGAGCUCUCUUGCAAAAAAAAAACAAAAAGCAUAAUUUCAGCCCAAAGUGGAGGCCUCUGUCAUCGACUAACUUGCCCCGCCGCGAAAACCGCCGUAGGCCAAGAAAUCAACGCCACUCCGCAAAAGAAUUGGGAGAUCUCUCGCGACGAAUUGGAGCUCAUAUUCACAUUGGGUGGCGGCAAUUUUGGCGACGUUUGGUACGGGAGAUGGCGAUCGGCGGUGGAGGUGGCGGUCAAGACAAUGAAGCCGGACAAAAUGACGACUCAACAGUUUUUGGCGUAAGCUUUUGCGAAGAGGGCGGUUCAGUUUCAUCAAAAUCUGGGCGUCGCACUUGGGACUCCUAAACAACAUUGCAAAAAUCAUUGCUACGUUUUCAGUGAAGCCAAGAUCAUGAAGGAAUGCAAUCACCCAAAACUGGUCAAAUUAUUCGCCGUUUGCACCGAACGCGCGCCCUAUUACAUCAUCACCGAAUACAUGACCAAUGGCUCGCUGCUCUCCUACCUCAAAUCACCACACAACGCCUUGCCGCUGCACGCGUUGGUGGACAUGUGCGCGCAAAUCGCGUGCGGCAUGAUGUACCUAGAGUCGCGGAAACUUGUGCAUCGCGACCUGGCGGCGCGAAAUGUCUUGGUCGGCGAAGAAGUCGAUGGAAUCGCCCAAAUCAAGAUCGCGGACUUUGGGUUGGCCCGCAAAAUGAUGGACGAUGAGUACAAAGCGGAUGCGGGAAGUAAUUUUCCGCUCAAAUGGACCGCGCCGGAGGCGAUUUUGGAGGGAAAUUUUACUGUCAAGUCGGAUGUUUGGAGCUAUGGCAUUUUACUGUACGAGAUUUUUACAAAUGGUCGCAAACCUUAUCCAGGUCAGUUUUUAGGCCUUUUUUAAUGUGUAGUCCGUUUGCAAAGCCGUUGGAGAAAAUUUUGCGACAUGUACUGUGCGAAGACAAAAAUGAACCUUGAACUGUGCAAUUUCUUGCUUUUUGCAUGGUGCAAUAGGCUUUUUUAGGCUGCGCUUGCACUCUGACGUUUCCUGCAUAUUGCAAACGUCAAAAACUCCUUUGCGAACGGGCUAGUUUAAGACCAAAUUUGGCGAUUUUUGCUGGCAAAAAUUUCGCGGCGUUAAGAUGAAAAAGCAAUUCAUUUUUUGCUUUCAGGAAUGACCAAAAGAGAAGUGAUAGACCAAAUCCCACAAGGUUUUCGUAUGGGACGUCCACAAAAAUGCCCGGUCCCCAUCUACAACGAAAUGCUCAGGUGUUGGGACAAAAUUCCGGAAAGAAGGCCAAGUUUCGGGUACUUGUACUCCUUCUUCGACGACUAUUUUGUCAAUUGGCAACCAAAUUAUGUGCUCGACAAUGAAUCAAUGAUCUCAAAUGUACAGUAA